AUGGCUGAGCAGAAGUACCGCACUGAGUCGGACACCUUCGGUCCCCUCCAGGUCCCCGCCGACAAGUACUGGGGUGCCCAGACCCAGCGUUCGCUCCAGAACUUCAAGAUCGGUGGCCCCGCUGAGCGCAUGCCCGAGCCCCUGAUCAAGGCCUUCGGUACCGUCAAGAAGGCUGCUGCCCACGUUAACGAGACCUACGGCCUCGACCCCAAGAUCGCCGGCGCCAUCUCGCAGGCCGCCGACGAGGUCAUCUCUGGCAAGCUCAUUGACAACUUCCCCCUUGUCGUCUUCCAGACUGGCUCUGGCACCCAGACCAACAUGAACACCAACGAGGUCAUCUCGAACCGCGCCAUCGAGCUCCUCGGCGGUGAGAUCGGCUCCAAGAAGCCCGUCCACCCCAACGACCACGUCAACAUGUCGCAGUCGUCCAACGACACUUUCCCCACUGCCAUGCACGUCGCCGCCGUCGUUGAGAUCCGCUCCAAGCUCAUCCCCGCCCUCCAGACCCUCCGUGACGCCCUUGACGCCAAGGCCAAGGAGUUCAAGGACAUUGUCAAGAUCGGCCGUACCCACCUCCAGGACGCCACCCCCCUCACUCUCGGCCAGGAGUUCUCCGGCUACGUUACCCAGCUUGACCGCGGCAUCGAGCGUGUCGAGAACACCCUCAAGCACCUCUCCCAGCUCGCCCAGGGUGGAACCGCUGUCGGAACUGGCCUGAACACCAAGGAGGGCUUCGACGUCAAGGUCGCCGAGGAGAUCUCCAAGAUCACCGGCUACCCCUUCGAGACCAACCCCAACAAGUUUGAGGGUCUUGCCGCCCACGACGCCAUCGUCGAGGCCUCUGGCGCCCUCAACGUCGUCGCCGUCUCGCUCAUGAAGAUCGCCAACGACAUCCGUUACCUCGGCUCCGGCCCCCGCUGCGGUCUUGGUGAGCUCUCGCUUCCCGAGAACGAGCCCGGAUCGUCGAUCAUGCCCGGCAAGGUCAACCCCACCCAGUGCGAGGCCCUCACCAUGGUCGCUGCUCAGGUCAUGGGCAACAACACCACCAUCUCGGUUGCCGGCUCCUACGGCCAGUUCGAGCUUAACGUCUUCAAGCCCGUCCUCAUUGCCAACCUCCUCCGCUCCAUCCGUCUCCUCACCGACGGCGCCAACUCGUUCACCGAGCACUGCGUUGUCGGCAUUGAGGCCAACAAGGACCGCAUCAACGCCCUCCUUAACGAGUCUCUUAUGUUGGUGACGUGCCUUAACAGCACCAUCGGUUAUGACAACGCCGCCAAGAUCGCCAAGAACGCGCACAAGAAGGGCAUCACCCUCCGCGAGUCGGCCCUCGAGUCCGGCCUCAUCUCCGCCGAGCAGUUCGACAAGGUCGUCCGCCCCGAGCUCAUGCUCGGCCCCACCAAGGCCUAA